AAGUACUACGAAAUAAGAUGAGUUAAGCUUUGGUAUGAAAAGCAGCCAAGUGAGGCAAGGGGUGGUGCAUUGGGCAAAAGGAGGGCAAAAACAAAGAUUAGUAAAGAAGAUGACAACGAUUGAACAAGCCAGAAUCCACCAUUACCACUCCUUCAAUCUCUACUCUUCCAUUCCAACACCCACGUCCACCUUCUUCCCUCUUAAACUCCAUUUUUUCAAAACUCACAAUUCCCUCCAAAUUAACAGUUCCCUCCAAACUAAUCACUCCAACUCCAACUCCAACCAACAAUCUCCCCUUUUUCCUCCCACAAACCCAAUUUCAUCUUCAUUGCAUCCUAACAAUUUAAAACCUCUGCCUAAAACAACUGGUGCCACUGCCAGUGAUCCUGAGUUGAGGGCAGUUCUUCAACUUGCUACCAACUCUGAACUUUUUGAGAUUGAAAGAAUUCUUUUUGGAUCCAGCUACAUGAGUCCCCUGCUAAAAUCCAUAAAUAGUCCGGUGGAAUUCGAUCGAUUCAUGAUUGAGGAGGACUUUGAAGAGCGAGAGCAUUUCAUUGAAGUUCUCGAGUCUCGAUUCUUAUAUCUCGCUGCUGAUGCUCGUUCCACGUUGAGAGGAUGGAGGCCUUCAUAUAGAAAAGUUUUGCUUGACGUGAGAAAAGAAUUGAAAAUUCCUUGCUCUACAAAAUUAUCGGCGGAAGACUUAGAGGUGGAGAUCUUUAUUCAUCUCGUUGGGGAAUGUUCAAGGGACUGGGAUAAUGCUGCUGCUAUUAAAGUUGGGACAGCAGAACUAUGUUCGAUGCUUCUUAAAGGUGGUCAAUUGAUUUCUAUGUUGAAGAUUUCGGAACUGGUAACGACAAGAUUGUCAGGAAAAAUGCUUUAUGAAGCAGCUAAACGUAAGCUAGAAAAUGGAGUUGCUACAAAGGGGCUCUCUGCGGCUGCAUCACGGUAUUUGGGGUUCCGCAGUCUGGCUACUUUCAUUGGUCCAAUAUCGCCAGAAGAACUGCAGCGAAACAGAUGCAAAUGUGGAUCAAUGAGGAGUACGCCUACGUCACACACAAAAGAGAACGAGGGAUUUUAGAUCCUGAAGAAGAGCGAAGAAUACGAUGAGAACUUCAACUUCUUGAGUUUGAUGGAAAAAAUGUGGAUGACUAGAUUUUAUUGAUGGAGGACUCCUUCAAUUUUUUCCAGUUAGAUACAGAGACAAGGUUACAAGCUGCCAUAAUAGCACUUGAUGGCAACGCACUACGGUGGUUUGAAAGAGAACACCGGUGGUAGCCGUUCAGUGAGUGGCAACAACUGAAAAAACAAGUCAAGCUACGGUUUGGUUCUUCACGGCCAACCCCAACGAAGUUCACUAUACCCACUGUCGAACUGAUUCCGGCUGUUGAAGAGGCACACACUCGGGCACCAGAUGUGGUGAAGAGCAAAAGUGGUGAUGGUUUGAGCCUGGUUGUCGCUGGAAAGUGUGGAGGUGAGAAGAAGGAAAACCCAACCUCCAUUAAUCUGGAGAAACUUCUGCAAAAAAAGGGUGAAUUACAUGGAAGUGGUAGAUCUGGUUGUAAUUUGAGUGUUUCCGCAAGUCGAAACACCAAUGGGGGUUCAAAAGUUGCUGCCAGAAAUUUCAGGGAAGGCGGUGAAGUUUCAGUAGAACAUGGAGGGGCUGAUGGUUGCUGCUCUGGCAGUGGCCCAAGUUGCUUCGCAUACGCCAAUGGAACUUCACUAAGAGUUGAUAAUCUCGCACCAAGUUAUUGUGAAGCUGGUGGUUCUCGCGGUGAUUUUGGCUUAGAUUUUUCGGCAGGUGGUGCUGGCCUUUUUGCCGGUGAUAUUAGUGACGCAAGGAAGAUGGUUGGUAGAAGAGAUAAGUUCACGAAGGGGGGCUCGUGUGCAAGUGGAUCCGGUGGCGGUCCGGGAAGCCUUGAUGACAGAGGAGGUGGGGCAAGAGGACUGUACCAGAAUGUUCCAGAGAUGGAGAUUCAAAAAGAAGCUUAUGGGAGAAGAUGUGCUGAGUCAUUAAUCAGCUUGAGGAGGAAGCCAAGUGUAGCUGAUGCAAUUACUAAGGGCAAUGCUGUAAUUACCGAAAAAAGGCAGUGCCAGGUAGCAAGACAUCACAUGCUGGCAGCUACUAUUAUUUCACAGAUUGAAUUCGCUCUUAUUAAUGAGAUGGAGCCCACUUUGGAGGCCCAAAUUUAUGAACCCACUUUCCCUCCUGUCCAUCUACCUAAUCAACCCAACCCAGUUCUAGAUGUCAACACUCCUUCUAACUUCAUGCUCAGACCAACUAGUGUGGAACACUUUUCUGGGCCACCAUACUUAAAUCUCAGCCCAAUCAUCUUUAAGCCCAUUCUCUUUCCCAACUUGUCCAGUCCACAAACUCCCAACUCUGAUUUUUUCUUCCACAUCUAAAUUCACUCUAGAAAAAAUUUCUACAACCAAACCAUUCAACACUGCUCUUACUUUCCUCAACCCACCCCCUUUCCAUCUUACCUCUGAAAAUCCCAAUUUCAACCACUCUUUACUUCUACCCCAUGACAACUUCAAGGCUGACUUUUUCUUAGCUACACCACCAGAGGAAGAACAAGGACUCCAAAAUGAAGAGCUUGAACGCCAGUGGAAGCCGGGCAUCAAUUCUCACACGGACAUUGCUAAUUGUUACCAAGCCCUGGAAUUUCGUUCUAAUUACUAUCCACCUUGAGGACAAGGUGGAAGUUUGGGGGGCCGGUAAUGCUAUGAACUGAUAUUUUAGUGGAGGGUAAUUUAGGUAUUAUCGUAAUUAGUAGCUUGGGGAAUAAGCUAGGUAGUUGUGCUAGGGUAAUUACACUAUAUAUAGGGAUAAUUAGAGAGAGAAUGACAUGUUGAAAAUUGUUAAGAAAAAUUGGGUGAGCUUUUUAAGUUCAAUGGGAGAGAACAAGCCUCUCGAAAGCUUGUAACUAUCAUUUCAUAUUGCUGUAAUUUCUGUUUUUUCAAUCAAAUACUCGUUUUCUUCCUUAA